GAAGAUAAUGCCACUUUCUUAAGCAAAUCUUACUCCCCACUCACUCAAUCAGUAAUCAUCUCAAGCUAUUUAUAAGACCACUUUGAAUUCUCCAGAAACAGUAAGAAGCAAAAACCAAACAAAACAAAGAGACAAGACUUUGAUUCAAAGCUUUUUUAGGAGUGUAAGAACAUGUCGUCAAAUGAAUUAUAUUCUUCAGCUCAAGCCUUCCAAGAACAAGUCAGUGGCGGUUUUGUCUCUAGAAAACUGCUUCUGCACAACCCAUUUGACCACAACACUCAACAAGCCUUCGUGGUCGCACCAUCUUCCCUAAUCACACAUGAAAACAACCUCAACGGGAAUGUCUUGAUGCUUCUCUCAGUCCUUAUCUGUGGAAUCAUCUGUUGCCUUGGUUUACAUUACAUCAUUCGUUGCGCAUUCAGAGGUACUUCAAGUUUCAUGAUCUCUGAGCCUAUCUCCAGUCAUUCAACACGACAUGGGUCACCAAACAAAGGAAUCAAGAAGAAAGCUCUUAAGAUGUUCCCGGUCGUGAGUUACUCACCUGGGAUGAACCUGCCGGGGAUCGGUGAAGAAUGCAUCAUCUGUUUGUCAGAUUUUGUUUCCGGUGAGAAGCUCAGGCUGCUACCUAAGUGCAACCACGGAUUCCAUGUUCAUUGCAUUGACAAGUGGCUUCAACAACAUCUGACUUGUCCAAGCUGCAGACACUGUCUUGUUGAGACAUGCCAAAAGAUCUUAGGUGACUUCAGUCAAGCUGAUCAAGUGAUAGCAGCAUAUACAGAGAGCACAAUUGUCAGGAUAGCUCCUCUACAACCUGAAGGAAGAGUAAACACUUUAAGAGAGAGCAGCUAAAUGGUCAGAAAUCUAUGCUCAUGUUGAGAAUAUAUUCUCAAGUUAGAUAUAAGUUUGUAAAUCUGAGCAAAAUUCAUGUCUAUAGCCAUAGAAGAGGUCCAAAAAAAAAAAAAAACAGGAUAGUUCAAUUUUUUUG